GAAACCGCGGAUUUAAGGCAGACUAAUGGUCAUGGUCCGCAGGGCCAACAACCAUACUUGGAUGCCCUCCGACCGGCCGCAGGCACAAAUCAGCCAGCUUCCGUGCACUCGAUCGCCUACGCCAAGGCGCAGAAUCUCCUCAGCGAACUGGGCGACCUCAAUCCAGAGCACGCAGCCGAGAUCCCCAGUCUGCUGGAAUUUGACAAGGACAUCAACGAGAUCUUUAAGCCCUUUGAGGUGCCCGAACUAAAGUGA